AAAGCCCCAAUUAGAAGAAAAUGCACGGAGAAGCUAAAAAGUUGCAGGGCAGAGCUUGAAGUAAAUGCUCUAAUGGCGAAUCCACCUAGGACCCGGAAGAGGGUCCUCGCAGUUCUCCGUGCCUCCGAUGGAAGCGCCUAUCAGAAAUGCAACAACUGUGGGGUUUCGAUGGCGGUCGCUUUGGCUGAUAUGCACGAGUGUGAAACCAAGAAGGAGGGGGUGGUAAAGAGGUUCAGAGGUGUGUGUGGGAAGCAAAGCGUUGUGAAACAGAGCUUUGGGGACCAACCCAGAUCGCCUUUUCGGAUUUUCAUAUGUGGAAGUGCAGCUCAACAUAAAAGGGAAAGCUUUGUGAAGACCUGCGAGACUAGAAAUUCAAUUAGCAUUGAUCAAGAGGGGUUUGACACUUGGAAAAACAUGUCCAAGGAGGAGAGGAAACCAUACAUCAGUGAAGCGGAAAGGGUCAACACUUCUUUCUUCAAAACUUUGCUUGAAGAAAUAAAGACUAUGCAAAAGGUCGAUGACGAGGCAGAUUCAGUUACGGUUGGGAAGUUUGAUCAGUUAUAUGAAGACUAUGAAGACAGUGAAGACUACGAGAACUCUUAUAGCUAUGACAGUUCUCAGUGUGGAGAAACUGAGAGUUUAGACACUUAUGGCACUACCGAUUCCUGAAAUUCAUGAAAUCAGAAAUGGUGCAAUCAUGGAUUGUUAAGAAAUCUGGCUGAAGUUGAAGUUUUGCAAGUGAAGGCCCCCUUCCUUGUCAAUUUUGGGUUGAAGGGGGCCAAUCAAUUUGGCAAUGGCAGAAAUCUAGAUCCUUACAGGAUUUGUGCCAUUACCUAUUUUCUCAAGGCAAGUCCAUUUGGCUAUUGUAGAGUGCGUUAGGGGUUUUUGAUUGUAGCCAGUAGAUAUCUAUUUUCCUUCAUAGUGUUUGGAAGGUUUCGCAUUUGCAGUUUUUUUUUGGCUCUAUUUGAGAUAGAAAGAGCUUGGUACUUCAGUGGAAACGUUUUGUCAUGUUUUUGUUUUGAAAUGUUCCCUUCAUAUGCAAUGCGAUGCACCGAAGGUAUUCUGUUGUGAGUUCA